AUGUCAAGUAACGAUUAUAUUCCUGGUGCUCUUACGUCUCUUCUGGGAUUGGGAGAAGUGCCGAAGAAGAGUAAGAGAGAUAAGAGGAAUAUCCCAGAAGCCGAUGCUGAAGAAUCAGUGGCUUCCGCUCUGUUUGAAAAGAGUACUUCAAGUAACAAAGUAGCUACCUUUUGUAGGAAAAGGAGCAAACAACAAAGAUCUCCAGACGAAUUGGCACGGACGAUCUUUGUCGGCAAUGUGCCGGUGUCGACUUCGAAGAGGGAUCUUAGAAAAUUUUUUUCUAAAUUUGGUAUUGUAGAGGCAGUACGUCAAAGGUGCAUUAUUCCUUCAAAUGGGAAGACUUCGAAGAAGGUUGCCGCUAUGAAAAAAGAAUUUUCUUCAAACGUACGGUCACUUGUCUUUUAUGUGAAGUUCAAAAAUCAGGAAUCUGUGGUUGAAGCUGUUAAAGCGAACGGAGAGAAAUUUGGUCCUAACUCCUUGAGAGUCGACUACUGUGAUGGGAAGAAGGAGUAUUCAUCGCAGUCAACUGUCUUCAUAAGCAACCUGCCUUCUCUUGUUAGUGAAGACGACUUGUCAGAGUUCUUUACUAUGGCCGGAGAAGUAUCCUUUGUACGGGUUGUGCGUGAUCGUGGCAGUGGUUUGGGAAAAGGCUUUGGUUUUGUCGGCUUUAAAGAUACUUCUUCAGUUCCAGUUGCAUUAAAACUGGACGGCUCUGUAUUUCAACAGCGAAACAUUAGUGUUAAAAAUAUUGAGAAGAAAAAGGUAUGUAUAUGA